CUCCCAUUCUCUACUACCUGCCACUCAAAUAAUAAAUGCUCGCCUUCCUCAGAAAUAACAGAGAAAGAUCUCCACGUACCUACCCGUCCCAGGCUCCUCCUCAAUGGUCUGCCGCUCCCGAAGUUCCGUAUGAAUAUGGUUUAUACAACGAGGCUCCUGGACAGGAAUAUGAUGAUGCAGAGGACUUUUGUAAUAAAUAUCCAAUGCAGCCACCUAGAAUUCUGCCCUCUUAUCUCAAAUUCCUCCUCCCUGGCUCUAGAUUCUCUGGCACCAUCUACAACAUUGAUGCCAAACCCGACUCCAAAGCUCCUGCCAUCGUUAGAAUACGGACUAACAAGAAGUUUGGCUUCUACUAUGAGAUCCUUAUCCACCGAAUGGAAGGGUUUCUUGCUAUCGGCACUGCAUGUCAGCCUUAUCCGGCAUGGCGGCUACCGGGCUGGAAUCGCCUAAGUGCAGGCCUACAUCUUGACGACUUCAGGAAGUUUUUCGAGGAUCCCGCUGGCGGCCGUGACUAUACCAGCGCCCUACAGCGCAUCUCUCCCGGAGAUACGAUAGGGUGUGGCUUCGAGUUUCAGACCGGCUCCCUAUUUUACACAUAUAAUGGUAUUCGUCUUCCCAAUGCGUUCACUGGCAUCUAUCUUCCCCGCCAAAACUACGAUGUAUUCGCGGCCAUCGGCGUGGAAGGGGUGUGCGAUUUUGAAGUGAACUUUGGUGGCGAGCUGGUCAAAUGGCCCGAAGGGAACGAGUGGCAAUGGAAGCUCGACGGAAUUAUUGGGAGACUUGGCUACCCAGGUAGCGGGAAUGGUCUUGACGAGGAAUUACCCUCUUACAGUCGCACAUAACCUGACAAUCAUUUUUGAAUAAUCAAGCUUUUUUUUAUUGCACCCAGAACC